AUGGCAACAAGUAACUAUAUUAAUAAAGUGGCUAUUGUUGGAGCCGGUGGAAACUCUGGAAAAUUCAUGACCGAAGCCCUCCUCAAGACAGGCAAACACACCGUCACAGCUAUCACCCGAGCCGACAGCAAGAGCAAACUACCUGAAGGAGUAAUCUCAAAAGUGGUCGAUUAUGAAAAGCGGGAAUCAGUCGUGGAGGCACUCAAAGGUCAAGACGCGCUUGUUAUCACUUUAGGCGCCUUUGCGCUGAGCAACGAAGUCAAACUCAUCGAAGCCGCUGAUCAGGCUGGCGUUCCAUGGAUACUGCCGAAUGAGUGGUCUUCGUAUCCAGGAGCUCAUGAGUUUAUCAAGGAUAUGUUCUAUUACCCGAUGAAGAGUGCUUCUCGUGAAGCUCUGGGAAAGCUCAAGACUUCCUCUUACAUUGGCGUGUCAACUGGUUUUUGGUAUGAGUGGAGUCUGCCUAUGCCUCCAGCAUUCGGGUUCGAUAUCACCAAUCGUUCUGUUAUGUUCUUUGAUGAGGGAGAGGUCAAGGCUUCUGUCUCAACAUGGCCUCAGAUUGGCCGCGCAGUAGCAGCUCUUCUUAGCUUACCCGUUCAAGCCGAAGAAGGCAAAGGCGAUGGCUUUCUUGAAAAUCUCAAGAACAAAGACGUCUACAUCAAUUCAUUUACAAUCAGUCAAAAGGACAUGUUGGAGUCUCUUCUUCGGGUAACAGACACAAAGCCAGAAGAUUGGACCAUUACGAAAGAGUCGGCUCAAGGGCGUCUCGCGGAGGGCCUGAAAGAGAUGCAAGAAGGUAAACAUUCGGGUUUUGCGAAGAAACUGUACACACGUGUCUUUUUUCCCGACGGCUUUGGUGACUUUGAGCGUAACAAAGGUACACUCAACGGCGUGCUUGGCCUGCCGAAGGAAGAUCUCGAUGAAGCAACCAAGGUUGCUGUAGAGCGUGCGGGACUCCCUCGAUGGACAGCUGAAUAA